ACUCUUAACAGUCAGAGGGCAAGCUGUGACGGGGGAUGAUCACAGCUGCAUGCAGCAUGAGGUUUCUUAUAAUAUUGGCUGCGGCCCUAGCGGUGGUUAGGGCCGGAUCUUAUGGAGGGGGAUACGGACAUAAGGGGCAUGGUGGUGUACACCAUUAUGAUGUUCCUGUCGGAGCUGGUAUAGGAGGAGGAUAUGCCGGAGUCAGUCUCGGAGGAGGCGGAUUCGGAGCCGGUAUAGGAGGAGGCUAUGUCGGAACUGGAAUCGGAACAGGCAUUGGAGCCGGAAUCGGAACUGGUCUUGGAGCCGGUGUCGGAGGAGGCUAUGUCGGUGGUGUCGGACAGGAUAUUGGAGUCGUAGAAGAUGUAUAUCUUGGAGGGACUGCCGGAGGUCUCGGUGGUGGCGCUGGUUUGGUAGGUGAUGUCGACGUCUAUACCGGAGUCGAUGGCAGAGGACUUUAUGAUACAGAAAUUUAUGACACUGGUAUCGGAGGCUAUGACGUUGGACUUGAUUAUUAUGGUGACGUUGGUGGAUAUGGUGGAUAUGGUGGUGGCGAGGUCACGGUUCUCACUAGAGCUAACCGAGGAAUAUUUGAACCCAUCUUGAGCAGAAUAACGGGACCCAGGUAUGAGCUUGAAAGAGGCGUCGUUCUUAAUGGAGGAUACGGUGGCGUAGGUUUUGGAGGCUCCUAUGGACCUGAAAUCAUUAGUGAUGUUGAAUACACCGUUGGUGAUGGUGGCUAUUACCAAGGAGUAGGAGGAGGAAUAGCACUUGGGGGCGGCGGUGGUUAUUUAGUAGACGGAGGUUACGGUGGAGCAGUGGUUGGGGGCCCAGUUGUUGGAGGUUACGGUGGAGCAGUGGUGGGGGGCCCAGUUGUUGGGGGUUACGGUGGAGUGGUAGGAGGCCCAGUUGUUGGAGGUGCUGUAAUCGGCGGGGGCUAUCCAGUAGCAGGUGGUGGCGUAGUCGGCGGGGGCUAUCCAGUAGUAGGUGGUGUAGUAGGUGGUGGCGUAGUCGGCGGGGGCUAUCCAGUCGGCGGUGUAGUAGGUGGUGGCCCAGUGAUAGUUGGUGGUGCACCAGGAUAUGCACCAGCCGGUGCUGCACUUGGUGCUGCAGUCGGUGGCACUGUUGGUGGUGCUCUUAACACUGUAGGAAAUGUUGCAGCUGGUGCCGUCAAUACAGUGGGUAAUGUUGCUGGUGCUGCUCUCGAUGGCACCGUCAACUUUGCCAAUAACGUGGCGGGCGGAUUACAGGCAGGUCUGCAAGGAAAAUAAGUUUUCAGAUCUCCUACCCUUGUGAAUCAAAACUCACAAAAAUGACUUGGACUUUCUAUUCGACUUUCCUCGACGUUUUUCCCUUUUCCUAUUAUACAUCCAUCUGUGAUUACGGGCAGUCAAUACUAUAAUAAACUUUUUUUUAAUAAAAAA